UUGUCGAACACAAUGUAAACUUGACCAGAGCUUAUGUGCACCCCUCCCGUCUCCUCUGUGCUAGCAGAUCCUCCUCCAGCCUCUUUAGACAGCACACACCGACACACCAACGACAUUUUGGGGGUUCGGUCUCAGUGGUCCGUCCUCACACCCCUCUCAGCUCUCUCUCGGAGGACAGUUCUUCUCUGUCGAACAGGAACCGAGCACAGACCGAGCUGGUUCAGGACUUCAGUGGGCGGAUAAAGCGGAGGAGGAGGGCAUCCGGCGGGCCUGACUGCUCCGGAAAGUCGGCUUGAAACGACGGAAUUCAACAUUUUUCAGGCCCUGCACUGCCCUGCGAUGGAAAAGAUGAAGAGGAUUAAGAAGCGUCUGUCGUUAACACUCCGCUCCAGUCAGACAAUCGACGAGUCCUUGUCUGAACUGGCCGAGCAGAUGACCAUGGAGGACGGUGGCACCAAGGACAACGAGCCCUUCAUGAGGAACGGCCGCCCCCCCACUUCCCACAGCAUGCACUCCUUCCUGCACCAAUACACCGGCUCCUUCAAAAAGCCCCCACUCCGCCGACCACACAGCGUCAUCGGUGGCACCCUUGGGUCCUUCAUGGCAAUGCCCCGCAACGGCAGUCGCCUGGAUAUUGUGCACGAGAACCUGAAGAUGGGCUCAGACGGGGAGAGUGACCAAGCAUCAGGGACGUCUUCAGAUGAGGUGCAAUCUCCAACCGGCGUCUGUCUGAGGAACCGCAUACACCGGCGGAUCUCUAUGGAGGACCUCAACAAGCGUCUGUCUCUUCCUGCUGACAUCCGAAUUCCUGACGGUUACCUGGAGAAGCUUCAGCUCAGCAGCCCCCCCUUCGACCAGCCGCUCAGCCGACGCUCCCGCCGAGCCUCGCUGUCGGAGAUUGGUUUUGGAAAGCUAGAGACGUACAUUAAGCUGGACAAACUGGGAGAGGGAACUUAUGCAACAGUAUUUAAAGGACGCAGUAAGCUGACAGACAACCUGGUAGCACUGAAAGAGAUCCGGCUGGAGCAUGAGGAGGGAGCACCAUGCACCGCCAUCAGAGAAGUGUCGUUACUGAAGGACCUCAAACACGCCAACAUCGUGACGCUACACGACAUCGUCCACACCGACAAGAGCCUCACGCUCGUCUUUGAGUACCUGGACAAGGACCUGAAACAGUACAUGGAUGACUGUGGAAACAUCAUGAGCAUGCACAAUGUGAAGAUCUUCCUGUUCCAAAUUUUGCGAGGGCUGUCAUACUGUCACAAGAGGAAAGUCCUCCACCGGGACCUGAAGCCUCAGAACCUCCUCAUCAACGAGAGGGGAGAACUCAAACUAGCUGAUUUUGGUCUGGCAAGGGCCAAGUCUGUCCCGACUAAAACCUACUCCAACGAGGUGGUGACUCUCUGGUACCGGCCUCCAGAUGUUCUCCUGGGAUCAUCUGAGUAUUCGACACAGAUCGACAUGUGGGGUGUUGGCUGUAUAUUCUACGAGAUGGCUGCAGGUCGGCCGCUGUUCCCCGGCUCCACCGUGGAGGAUGAGCUCCACCUCAUUUUCAGGUUACUGGGCACACCCACAGAGGAGAACUGGCCGGGAAUCUCCUCCAUUGAAGAAUUCAAAUCCUACAACUUCCCCAAAUACAAACCACAGCCGUUAAUCAACCACGCUCCCAGGUUGGACGGUGAAGGCAUCGAGCUGCUGCUGUCUUUCCUCAAAUUUGAAUCCAAGAAGAGGAUUUCAGCUGAGGAGGCCAUGAAACAUUCCUACUUCAGGCAGCUCGGGAUGAAAGUUCACACACUGUCUGAAGGUGUUUCAAUAUUCACAUUAAAAGAGGUGCAGCUGCAGAGGGACCCUGGCUACAGGAACUCCUCAUACCCAGAGUCAGGUAACGGAAAGAUCAACAGGAGGCAGAGCAUGCUCUUCUAGAGUCAGAUGAAGACGAUGAUUGACUGUCCAACUUCAACAUCACUUCCCACCGACCUCUCGCAUGAGCCCACCUCCCCUCAGAGUGAACCCACCCCCCAACCUGCACACACACUUAAACACACACUCACACACACCCCUCUGAGCGAGUGACGUUGGGUUGAAUCUAUAAGAAGACUGUGUUUAUUUAUUGGGGGGGCGGGGUGAGGUUAUAUUUUUUGCUGCUAAACUACUACUGUCUGUAUUUAACACACCGUGAGAGUGUGUGUGUGUGUGUGUGUGUGUGCGUGCGCGUGUGAGAGCGUGUGUGUGUGUGUGUACACGAUGUGAACUCAUGACGCCGUGCACAGUUGAGCAGUCAGUAAGGUUAAUAUUGUUUUUCUGCUGACGAUUCUCCGGCUUUGUUUGAGUUUAGAAUCCCACUGAUGUUAAUGUCGACGCUGUGAUCCAAGUUGUUGUUCUCGUUGUCGUGCUUGGAGACCGAACUCUUCAGUAUCUUCAAUUUUUUUCUUUUAUAAAUAUGUAAAUCUAUAUAUAUUUGAAGUUUAUGUUCUGUUUUUCUUCGAGCUUCCGUGACUGAACUCUACAACAUUUCCAGAUUUCAACAGUUUGGGACGGUUCAAUUGUGUUUGGUUGAGGGGAAAUACAAGUUAUCUGGGUUCCUUUUCGUACUCUUCUUCUGGAGGCCCUGACGCCCUCAGGAGGUUUACACUGAUGGGGGAGAAGCAGGAGUGUGAGUGGACUGUAGGAACAGUUUUGAGCUGUGAUUUAAAGAAGCACACAAGAGUCCAAUCAAACAGGAAGAACAUGAAACCAGCUUGCAGAUCUUUUUGUUCUUGCUCAGCAAUGGGACCAAAACAUGGAGGAGAGGAGAGGAGUUGGGAUGAGGAGCAAAAGCACGAAUGAAAGAAGAGGAAUACUGGAGCUGAACAGGAAAUCAUGUGAUGUCCCACAGGAAGCCAGCAGGCCUUUCCUAAACCCCUCACAAACUGCCAGGACUUCAGUGCUUUUUAAGAAAAUAAUGCAAGCUUCACUCUCUCGCUCUGUGUGUACUUGGAGAUCUCACUGCAGUAAUUCUUUUUUAUUAACUUGCACUUCAGUGUGGUUUUUUGGAAUCAGGGACCCUGGUCGCAACAUGGCCGAGUUUACCCAACAGUAUUAAGACGUGUUCUCUGUGUCUGUGACCUUUGACCUCUCCUUGUGAAAUAACAGUGUCAGUAUGGCAUGUUUUUCGGAGGUGGGGGGCGGCGGGUGGGAUCGGGGUGGGAUCCUCAAAAAGUAAACUUGGUGUCGGACCACUGCUCCAGCGUUUGUACACAGGAAACAAAAAAAGAUUUCAAAUUGAAAUUUUGGAUUGAACUGCCCGCUGUGUUGUUUGCAACUGACAGUGAUGCUAGAGAUGAAGCCUGUUGUGAAGUCUCUCUUCUGUAACGUGCAUGUUUACUGCAGAAGAUGAAAAAGUUUAACUCACAGACUUUCAAAAUGUUGUUUGGUGUGCUUUGCAUUCCUGACUUUAUUAAGGUCUAGUACGCAUGUCUUAUUCCAGUGAGCCAACACACAGUAGGUGUUCUCACAUCAACAUAUUUUUUUAGCUAUGAGAUCUCAAAACAUUUUCAAGUAGUUUGGGGAUAAAAGUGUUUUCUCUUUCGUGUGAAAAUUUGUUGAGAACUUUGAUUCCACUCAGAUGUCUGUACUGUAAAUAUGGAACGAGCUCUGGGAGCCUCAUGCACAAAUAUUUAAAUCUAUGACACAUCACUGUGUCUGGAACAUAACCAAUCUGCCUUUCAACACCUCUGAACUCACAAACUCAACACUAUAUUUAUUUUUACAGAUUUCUUAAUGCAGAAGUGGCAUGUUGUGGUUUCCUACAGGGUGACAUCCUGGAUUAUCUCUUAGCAAGGCAAGGUGCAGAGACUUCUUGAAGUCUUGUAGACACUGUGGGGUUUCUGUGCCAGCCAUGAAAUAGUCCUGGUCUUCACCCCUGUGUCGAUUAGUGAGCUAGUUCAGAGGUGCUGGCAGGCAGAUUGUUCUAGAGGGAACCAGGCUAGCUGCAUACUCAUUCCAGUUUCAUGCUAAGCUAAGCCAACCAGCUGCAAUGUCCACCUGUGUGUACUGAGCAGACAUCAGUGUUAUCAAGUUUCUCUCCCACAUUCUAACAGGAAAGGGAACCAGCCUGUUGUAGUGUCGGACCCUCAGAAUCAAAAAGCACAGAAGAGAAAUGCAUCAUGGAAAAGGCAGAGAAAGCAACUUCUACACUCACUGUAGCAACAAAAAAAAACCGAGUGCAGUGCGUCAGCUCCUGAACUUAAUAACAUCAGGAAUGCAUCGAACACAGGUCCAACAUGUAAGAAUGUGAGAGAUGACUGAGGAAGUCUGAGGAGGAUUUGCUUGUUUCUGUUGCUCAACAUUGACGUGAAAAUGUCACCUUCAUCGUCUGAAAUGUAAAGUGAGUAAAACUGUCUCUAUGUUGAAGAACAGCGUUCAGGUAGAGCAUGAGAGGAACGUGUUGGAGGAACUACUAAUGCUUGAUAAACUAAAACAGCUGAGAGCAUUGUGUAACAGACAUUGACUUGAACACAGUUUGAAGCUAAAAUGUGACAAUCCUCUCCACAUACUGUAAUCCUCUGAGGUGAAAACUCUUCAUGAGUGUACUCACUGUUUCAGAAAGACAAACUGUCACCACAGAACAAACUGCAGCUGGAGGUCCUGUCAGGAUUUGCAUCCCAAAUGAAAAUGAUGUUCACAGUAAGAAGAGUUACUGCAUUGAUGAAAACAUCCUGAAGAACACUGACCAAUCACCUUUGACUUCUCCCCCGGUAGCUUUAAAUGUAGGAAACCUUCUUCUCCUCUAACUGUAUCUCACAGUAAUCUGUAUCCCCUCGGUGAUCUCCCACACAUCUCAAACAUGGAGGAUCUUUGCAUUCAAAACUUCAAACUGUGUUUCUGCUUCAAGCAGUUUUUGACAUGCACAGCAGUGACAUGCAUGAAAGGAGAUUUCAACAACGGCUUACUAUUUAUCCUUGUAAAACUGUAAAACUUUUUCAAAUGUAUGAAUGACCUGACUUUAUGUGAACAUGUCUGAGCGCGUAUGUGUGUGAGUGUGUGUGUGUGUGAGUGUGUGUGCCUGAUGCAUGGAAGGCCUGCUGUGUUGUGAAUUCGACCUCUCUGAAACACUGAGCUGCCAGUCAACAGUUGGUGUGUGACUCUUUUUACUGGAACUAUUUAUUUCUCAUAACCAUUGAAAGUAAAUUUAAUCUGUUUCAUAAA